UGUCACGGACAUAGAAUAUACAUUUUAAUUUUUUUCUUCAGAAAACAAUGUACUUAAGGCAAAGAUAGGAUAGUGAUAGCAAAUGAAGUGAAUUGUUUUAUGUUAAUGGACUACUUCAUCUAGUAGUUGAAAAACAAGAUAUUUUGAAUUAAAUAUUGACUACCUAACAUUCAUAACAAUGCUGCCUCUCCUCUGGUAACUGGUUACAUAUCUGUCACACAAGUCAACUCAGCAGUCAGCAUCGAAGUGUUAGAGAUUUCCUGGGAAUUAUUGAAUAUGUAUGAAUUAUUUUCUUGCUUACUUUUGCAAGAGCUGUAUUCAUAGUAAUAUUUCAGAGGCAUUGUCCAUGAAGUACAAAUAAGUAUCUAGUCAUUAUUUGAUAAAUCGUAUAAUUCAAAUAAAAUAUGAGGUUCAAUGAUAAAGAAAUGAUUCAAUUUUCCAAUGAAAACACACCAAAAUUGGAGGGUGUUUUACAACAUAUGAAACCUUCUGGCAAAGAAUGGUCUGAUUGGUAUCAACAGCCAACCUUCAAAGAAAGGUAUUUCAAACUGUUUUCAAAUCUACUCUUCUAUUACAAAUUGAAUGAUCCAGAACCCAUGGCUGUGUUAGUAUUGGAAAAUGCUCGUAUUGCUUACGAACUAAAAGGCAUUCCUUUUGCAUUUUCUAUUACAUUCAGAGUGAACAGUAAAGUACGAGAUAACGAUCUUAAGCAUAUAUUUUCUUGUCGAUGUGAAACUGAUGUUAAUAAAUGGGUUUCUUCACUCAAAGCAGCAUCCUAUGAAUACUGGCGUACUCAAUAUCAUAUACUGAGAGCCAAAAUAAGUAUGAAAAUUGGCGAUGAUCCAGUAUUAGAUUACAUGAAAAAUAAUUCUCGAGAAACAGAAAAAUCAAAUGGCAAAAGUGACAAUAUUGUUACCCAGAAGAAAGCUACUUUUCAUAGUCAUAUUGAAUUAGAAUGUAGUGAUACAAAUGGUUUCAUGAAGAUCAAGAAUUAUUCAGAAUGUACAAAAUCUUCAGUAACCAUCCAACAAAAUUUAAUUGAUUUAUAGAGAUGUGCUGUAAUCAAUAUUUUAUGAAAUAUCCUUGAUCUCUUGUUUAAUGAUUAAAUUUUUCAGCUCGCUAUUAUGUCACUGCUGAUUCACAUUUAUUUUAUAAAAGUAUUUGCAGCAUAAUUGUAUAGGUAUAUCUUAUUUAUUCAAAAUAAUACCUUUAACAGAAGCAAUAAUGUGUAACCAAAAUUAUGCUCAAUGUUCGACAGUAACAAAUCCUUGUAACUUUUAAAGUGUUUAUAUCCAAAUAAUUUAAGCAAUUAUUUGACUCAUCACUUGAAAACUAAGUAAUUUUUUUAUUUUAAUUUGGCGUUUUCUUUUCAGGCAGAAUGAGAUUAGAAAUUGAACAAAACACUUUUUCCUUAAUUUUCAAAGUUUUGAUAAGAAAACUUUAUGAAUUGCAAUUGAAUAUAACCAGUAUUUUUUAACAUGAAGUAUAAAAUUUUUUUCUCUUUGAAAUAAGUUGAAUCAGAAGUGUAAAUAAACAAAGUUUCUCUGCAUUGAACAUAACAUGAUCAGUUCCUUGGACUGAGAUUAGUUAUCUUGCCAAUGAAAAAGUAAUAAGCUUCUCAGUAAUUUUUGUUAACGUAUAAUACUUAAGUAUAAAUUUGAAUUGUUUUCAGUAUAUGCAAUUCAAAUUGUGAUAUUUUUAGAUAUUUUAUUGUCGGAAUGAAUUAAUUACAUUUAAGUUGUUUUCAAUUUCGAGCAAGCAAAUGAGCUUAAUAUAUGAUUGCAAAGUAAUUGUUCGUUGAAUUUUAAUUCAUUUUAUAUUUCAGUUUUACUUACAUCUUGAAAUGCUAAUAUUUAUUUUAAAGAUAAGUGCGUUGUUUCAGUAACCAAUCCUCAUAUAUAGAAUUGUUCAAAGUAUAAAUUAAUUCAUUUUCAAUUUGUGAAAAGCAUGGAUUGAUCAUUUUUGGAGGGUAAUUGUAGUUUAUACAUUGUACAAAAUAAUUUGUGAUCCCAACAACUGAAUGAAUAUUUUCUUACGAACAAAAAAUGCUUGUAUAAAAUGAUAUAUUUUUUUAAAGUGUAAUGUUGUAUGUAUUUGAAUUUAUAAUGACUAAUUAAUUUUAUAGACAAUGUACAAGUGCAAUAAAAAAGUUGAAAAUAA